UUGUGGUGAGUGCUUGUGAACAACAGUGAUGAACAAUGGCAAUUGGACAGUGGGAAGACAUGUCUACACGGCGGCGGACAAAUUGGUUGAAUCCAGUGGGAAAAUGGGAAAAGAAGACUCGGCGUCGCUGUCAAUAUUUCGAGCGCAUAUUAUAAUGAAGGCAGCAAGACAAAUCUCAGGCGCAAACUGGCCUCUGAUCCUACCUCUGCCUGCCUGCCUGCCUGCCUGCUUGGAUGCUUAAUCGCUUCAGAAUCUCUCUGUUGUGGAUGCUGGAAUUGAUUGGUGGUGUAUUUCGUUGCGUGAGCCAUCCGACUGUGCGGUUACUCAUUUGUGUAUGUUUUGUCAAUAAUUGAUUCGUUGUUUUGUUCAUUUUUGUUGAUGAUGAUAAAUCUCAGCUUGUCUGCUGCGUGCUGAAAGCCAGUUCUUGCGUUUUGUGAUAUGGUUUAGGCAUCUGACUGCUGAGUGUUGUCUAGGUUUACUUUUUCUACGUACGAGGUAAAUUUUUCGUGCGAAAUGAUAUAUAAGCCGAGCACAUGUGGAAUUUCAGCGGCGUGCAAAUGAUUGUAUGAUCUGCCUUUCAAAGGUCUAAAAGGAAUAAGUUUAGCGCAGUUUGUAUAUAUGAAUAUAUUCGCCUCGCAGAUGAAGAGUCCUCAGGCUACACUGCACCUCGAGUAUGGACCUUAAGACGGUGUAACUAAUACUAUUUUUUGUGAUCGUUCACGGUAAUGCCUGCAGGUGCAAAGAUUAGGAUGCUUUGAAAAGAUUUGAACAGGAACAUGAAGGUGAAGGGAAUUGCCUCCGCUCGUUUCUGUAAACCACUCAAGUAGGAUUGGGAGAACAUUCUCAAUCCGUUCAAGGACAUGAAUUGCCGUUGUUUUGGCACCUCAAGAAACCUGCUCCAGGAAAGGCGUCAAAAGCAUGCUCGGCAACUCAAAAAGGAUGAAGGGGCCUCAAUUGCAAAGACGAAAAAGUUCACGUACAAGGAAUUAACUGCAGCAACAAACAAUUUUCAUCGAAGGAACAAAAUAGGGCGAGGAGGUUUCGGUACAGUUUACAAGGGGGUCCUAAAAAAUGGAGUAGAAGUUGCAGUAAAGAUGCUGUCUGCUGAGUCAAAACAGGGAGUGCGUGAAUUUUUGACAGAGAUCGAUACCAUAUCAAAUGUCAAACAUCCUAACCUUGUUGAGUUACUCGGUUGCUGUGUUCAAGAAUCUCACAAGAUAUUGGUGUAUGAAUAUAUAGAAAACAACAGCCUGGAUCAUGCCCUAAGAGGCUCAAACCGAUCCAUAAAAUUGGACUGGGGAAGAAGGUCUGCUAUUUGUGUGGGAACUGCUAGAGGGCUUGCAUAUCUUCAUGAAGGACUUGUACCUCACAUUGUACAUAGAGAUAUCAAAGCAAGUAAUAUACUGUUGGAUGAAGACUACCAACCAAAGAUCGGAGACUUCGGACUAGCAAAACUUUUUCCUGAUGACAUCACGCAUAUUAGCACGAAAAUAGCUGGAACAACUGGAUACCUGGCACCUGAGUACGCACUUGGUGGUCGUUUAACAGUGAAGGCUGAUGUGUAUAGUUUUGGGGUUCUAACACUUGAAAUUGUUAGCGGUCUGAGCUGUGGAAAGACUAAUUAUGGAGGAGCCCCAAAGUUGCUGGUUGAAUGGGCAUGGGAACACUACAAAGAAGGGAAACUACGGGAUCUGGUCGAUAAAGAACUCGAUGAAUUUCCAGAGGAAGAGGUUCUUAGGUAUAUGAAAGUUGCACUCUUCUGCACUCAAGCAGUUACAAGUAGAAGACCAUCGAUGAGCCAGGUGAUCGAGAUGCUGUCUAAGAAUGUACGGCUAAACGAGAAGCAACUCACUCCUCCUGGUUUCUUUGAAGAUUCGGGACAACUAAAGACCCAAUCAUCAGGGACCUCGACUAGCUACCAACGGUAGCACAAAUGUAGGAAAGACCAAAGGGUGUGUCAUGACUUGAAGAGCAUUUCAGAAACUAGUAAAAGAGAGGAUCGACAAGAGCAAUUUAUAACUUAGGCACCUGGAUAUCAAAGGUGAUGUCUUCCCACCCUUCUUGCAUCGACAUAUAUAUAUAUAUAUAUUUCUCUUUGCAUGCGCGCUAGGAUGCUAGCAGCAUUUUUCUUGCUUUUGUUGCUCUUCUCGAUCAUCAUUUUCCAUUUUCA